CUUACCCUUUCACACAGACGAGUUAUGACAGCUCAGAACCAGCACUGACGCGUUAUUUUGGUCUGUGUGAUUUGCCUAUACCGUCAGAGACGUCAUAUUUUAUACCGUCUCUGAACCACCUUGCGAGGUUGUUUAGAGACGGCACUGAGCCCUCUUAUGCACAGAUUAAUGCACAAAUUGUUACAUUGCUCCCACCUUAGUCUCUUUUUGUCCCCAAAAAGUCAGCAGGGGGCAAUGCAAGACAUGGCUGCAAUCGGGCGCCUCCCCCCUAAAACACCAACCCACUCCUUGCACAGUUCCUUAUCGUUUUUGCGACAUAUCCUGCUGUACGUUGAGUGCAACAACACUGCUUAAUUGUACAAUAACAUGGGGACAUUGCAGUUUUUGGUUACAAACUGGACACUAUGUCUUAAAAUCCUUCCUCGUGUGUUGCAAGUGGAAAUAAAACAAGCUGUGCUGAUGUCUUUGUCAGAAUUGCCUGAUAUGCUCUAGCACUGAAGAAGAGAAAGGAAAUCCUUACUUCUAGGAACACUGCGGUAAGACGUUUUGCUUUUGUUUUGCGUUAAUGACCAAAUUAUUCUUUCUUGCGUCUCGGUUAGCUGAAAACAGGAAAAUAUUUGGGUACCUGCAAUGCAAGACGUGGACAGACCCAUGGAGGGGCAGCGAAGAUUGGACAGAUGAUGUUAAUGCUUGUCACAAAGCUAACAUGUGGGCUGCAGUGUACUGGGCAUUGGCAGUGAUUUUGCUGUUGUUGCCUGACGUCCAAGUGACUUAUCCAUUUCAGGAAACUGAAGGUUUGUUGACUGGAAGGCAGCCAAUUGGAUAUACAGCUUUAGCUGGAGAUCAAUUCAUAAUGCAGUGUGCUUCACCAAAUCAAUCGGUUAUCUAUGAUGAGUCCGAGCGCUAUCAAAACAAGGUUGCAUGGUUUCGACAUUAUCAGAAUGGGCUCCAGGCACAGCCGGUUGGCAAUGGACAGGAGAACAUUAUCCUGAAAGGAAAUUUUUUAUGGUUUCUAAAACUGGAAACUGUUCACUCAGGGGAAUAUUCCUGUCAGAUAAGGGAUGAGAAGAUAAACCUCACAUUAGUUGUUAACCAGAAAAACAAGACGCAAUGCCAGGAUUAUGCACACAGCACAGUAGACCUACUGUCUGGUAGCAGUGAUUCAAUAACCUGUCCUGCUGUGACUUGUUACAGAGCUUCGGGACAUUUGCCUGUGAGAUGGUACAAGAAUGGGAAACGUGUGAAAUUGAACAAAAGCAGACCAACCUUGGAACUUGAAAAUGAAAAACUUGUACUAAGGACAGUCUAUAAGCAAGAUGCUGCCAAUUACACAUGUGAUUUAAACUACAGUGAAAACAAUACUCUGUGGAUUGUGAGAAGAAUGUUAACAGUCAGAGUUUUUGGACAAGAAACCCGCAUACCACCAUCUAUUCUCAACCUCAAUGGUGUGAAGACUAUCGAAGCAGAACUUGGGAAACCUUUAACACUGGAGUGCAUAGUUAAUUUUGGUUUUGAAAGAAACUUUACACCUACAAUUAAAUGGUUAGUCAAUGGCAAUGACAAUUCAACUGACAUCAGCCUGGAAUUAGAAGAAAGCCGAAUUGUUGAGGACAACGGAAAAGGAAAAAUUAUUAUCCACACAGCUUACUUGAGUAAAGUGACUGAAAGACAUCUUAUUGCCACAUUUACCUGCUUUGCACAGAACUUUCAAGGGAACACAACUGGUAUAUUGAGGCUUGAAAAGAAGAGUCCAGUGAAUGGACCCUUUCUAACAUACGUGUUGAGUGGCAUUAUUUUGACAGUCAUUUUCAUAUUUGGAGGAAGUGUCUACAUAUACAUUCACUGGAUUGAAAUAGUUUUGUUGCACAGGAAUUAUUUUCCAUAUGAUGAAACCAUAGGAGAUGGGAAGGAGUAUGAUGCCUUUAUUUCACAUGCUAACCAAUCCUCUUCUGAAGACAUUUUGGAGUCUGAAGAUGGAGGUUGUGUUACAGAAGAAAUGUUUGUGUUGAAGCUCCUCCCAGAGUUCUUGGAGCAGCAGUGCGGAUACAAGUUAUGCUUCCUUGAGAGGGAUGUGCUACCAGGAGGAGCUUACACAGAAGACAUUGUUUCAUCUAUCAAAAGAAGCAGAAGAGUGAUUUACGUCCUCAGCCCAAGAUACAUAAGCAGCCCUUGCAUUUUUGAACUACAGACAGGAAUCAAUCACCUGUUGGCCGACGAUCAAUUUAAACUGAUUCUGAUCAAGUUCAGGCCAUUGCCUGAAAUGGAUACCCUCCCUCACAUAGUCAAGAAGGCACUAAAGAUUUUACCAGCAAUGAAAUGGAAUGGUUCCAAAUCUAAUCAUUCUGAUUCUACAUUUUGGAAGAAUGUCAGGUAUUAUAUGCCAGUAAAGAAAACAAAAGUCUCCAAUGGUGAGAUCCUGGAUUGUGACGCGUCUCCAACAUGUUUAGUUUGAUACUCUGUACUGCAGUGUUUUGCAACAAUUGCAAGACGCCCUGGACAAGGGCAUCUGCUUAGAAAUAAAUAAUAAUAAUAGUUUCUGUUCCACAGCCUGCAGUGAUAGAGUAGAAAAAAGAUUUAAAGUGGAUUUGCAAAAUGUAUACAAUGCUUAAAUGUGUGGUUUAAGAUCACCAGAUCCUUGAAGCCCUUCUACUUGGAUGGAAAUAUAGGGUAAAUAAUGAUACAAAAACAUGAAUCCCAUUGGGUGUCUUUGUAGGUAUUCACUGGCAUUUUAAUGCGUUCUUGAUUUAGUUAUUUUUCUUGGCCACUCAGUAAAUUACGUCUUUAAAGGAUAGGUAGUUUAAAUUGUCAUUUAUAUGGCUUUUUUUUAGAAUGCCGUUACAUUUUGCAUGGUGUUUUCAGUCAAUCUGAGUGGUUUUGGCUUAUAUUGCUGUCAUAUUCAGUUACAGUAUUCUAAUUUUUAUCUAAAUUUGCCUACCUGGCUUUGAGCCACUCAGCUUGUAAUAAUGGAGAGUAGAUGUGGCAGACAAAGUUGAAAAGUCACAUUUUCACAAGAUUUGAGUAGAAUGAGGAAGGCUGUCCUGGCACUUAGGAGUCUGACAAGGUCCAAGCCAGGUAAAGACCUAUAUUGGCACGCAAAUCUUUAAAAAUAAAUACAUAAAUAAAUAAAUCCCUAAAUUUUAGGUGGCUGGUGAGUGGACACAGACCAGAACCUUAAUGGCAGUCACUCUUUGUAGCGUUGUGAUCCAGGGUGGUUCUUUGUUGUUAACCAGUGAUUCAUUAGCCACCAAGGGGUGUUCUUCAUCUAUACAUACUGUAAGAACUGUCUUGUGUACUGUAUUAAGCUGCUGAUCAGUUCAGCAGUGCUAUUGGUCAACAUGACAGUUUUGUUUUGCGUCCUGUAAUGAUCUGUAUUUUGACAGAUGUAAAUGGACUGUCUUGUUGAAAUAAGCUCUCCUAACUUAUCGUCCAUGAUAAAUAGGCAUGCCCAUGGAAAAGAGUUAUUAUUAUUAUUAUUAUUAUUAUUAUUAUUAUUAUUAUUAUUAUUAUUAUUAUUAUUAUU